AAUUGCGUUUCUGUUUCGUGCGGGGCGGUGAGUGCGCGCUGUCCAAGGUGCUGCAGCAGCGCGCGGCCCCGCCCAUCCUCCCCAUCUCUCUCACUUACGCACACACACUCACACACUUUUUCUCUCUCUCUCUGCGACCACGUGACUCUCCCUCUGCCGAGUCUCGCGGAGAGCAUCAGACUGCACCUUUUCCUCCUCAAGAGAACGGGGAGAGAGAGAGAGAGAGAGACACUGAGUCAGACAGAGAGAGGAAAAGAGAGCGCAUGAGAGAAAGAGAGAAAGAGAGAAAGAGAGAGAGAGAGAGAGAGAGAGAGAGAGAGAAAGAGAGAGAGUGAGUGAGCGCGCGUUCGAGGGGGAGACCAAUAGCACCUUGUCGCCCGGAGGCGAGCCUGUGAUAAUUUUGUCCCUGUCCGGUAGACCGGCUCUAUCUACCACCAGGCGCGCGGGUGCUUUCUCCUCUCUCGCGGCUUCUCAGAUUCUCCUCAGAUGGGAAGGGAAAUCGAUGAGUUGCGCGCCGCACUGUUGCCACGGAGCCACAGGAUGUGCUGGAGGUCGCUGGAGAGAGUGAUGACGUGGCAGUGAGAGACACACAUACCUCACUUGCACACACACAUACACACACACACACACACACACAAACACACACACACUCACAUACACAUACACACACACACAUACACACACAAACACACACACACACACACAUAUUGGCCCACACACACUUUAAGUCUUGCCCUAGUAAGACAGGAAAGAGGGGGAGAAAAUUCAGCUAUGGCGGGGUCAUUUCUCUCCAUUACCAAUGUGUGAUCCACAAACUCCCACACACACACACGUACUCCGUGGGGAGUUGCCUUCAUGGGGGAUAAGGCCCUAUCUAGGGCACAAAGAUGGAGUUUGCAUCCUUUUCGUCACGUAUCUAACACUCCUGCAGAUACACACACAAAUACACACACCUGGAGUCUCAUAUGUCAGAAGUGAAGAAUGAAAGACUGAAUGGAGAAAAGACGCUGAACAUUCCAGAGAAGAAACAAACACGACAUAGAGGAGGAGAAGAUUCCCAGAGUUGUCGAAAGACGGAGGGGGCUGCAGUUUGACCCCCUUCCUCAUUGUUUAGUCACUUCCUGUUGUGAAGAGGACCCCUAAAGAAACAGGGCACACUUGAGAUACAAAGAACGUGUUCAAAGAAGUGCCCUACAGUUGUCACCAUGAGCUGUAGGCUAGAGGGAACACCCCAGCUCUAGCCUCUACCUCCUCCCGUGUGUGUGUGUGAGUGCGAGAGCGAGUGUGUGUAUGAGUGUGAUGGCAGUGUGUGUUUGGGCGGCAGCCCCCCUACUCUUCCUGGGGCUGUGCCUGUGCAGUGUGGGGGGCCAUGCCCAAGGCGAGGUCCUGGAGUUUGGAGGCGUGUCCAGCCAGUGGGGGCGGUUCCCGGUGUGGAAUGCGUGCUGCGAGAGCGUGUUGAGCUUCAGCCUGCGGACUCACAGCCAGGAGGGCCUGCUGCUCUACCUGGACGAUGAGGGCUUUUGCGACUUCCUGGAACUGCUUCUUCUGAAAGGCCAUCUCCGCCUGAGGUUCUCCAUCUUCUGUGCUGAGCCAGCAGAGCUUCAGUCGGGUGUGGCGGUGAGCGACGGGCACUGGCAUGCAGUGCGUGUCAAGCGGGAAUGGAAAAACACCUCAUUGGAGGUGGAUGGACGAAUGGAGGGAUGGGCGGAAGUGAAGAGCAAAAGAAGAGAUAUGACUGUAUUCAGCCACACCUUCAUGGGCGGGGUGACGCCGGAGCUUCACUCUUCGCCGCUACGCCUCACGUCCCCUUCUGUUCGGGAACAUCCCUCUUUCCGUGGCUGGAUCACGGCGGUGAGCAUCAAUGGCUCGCAGGUGACGCUGGACAGCUCAGAGGGCGUCACGGUAACAGCUGGAUGUGGGCCGGACCACCAGUGCCAGAACGGAGGGGUGUGCAGUGUGGUCAACGACCAGGCUGUCUGCGACUGCUCUGACACUGGUUACCAAGGCAAAGACUGCAGCGAAGAGCACAGCUACACUCCAGGUCUGGCACACCUGAUGAUUGGCGACCAAGCUCGGGAGGAGUAUGUCGCCACCUUCAAGGGCUCUGAGUACUUCUGCUACGACCUGUCGCCCAACCCUAUCCAGUCCAGCAGCGAUGAAAUCACACUCUCCUUCAAGACGCUGCAGCGCAAUGGCCUCAUGCUGCACACUGGCAAGUCAGCCGACUACGUCAACCUGGCACUGAAGAACGGUGCUGUGUCGCUCGUCAUCAAUCUCGGCUCCGGGGCCUUCGAGGCCUUGGUGGAGCCUGUCAACGGCAAGUUCAACGACAACGCCUGGCACGACGUCAAGGUCACCCGCAACCUGAGACAGGUGACCAUCUCUGUGGAUGGCAUCCUGACCACCACGGGCUACACCCAGGAGGACUACACCAUGCUGGGCUCUGACGACUUCUUCUACGUGGGAGGGAGUCCCAGCACUGCUGACCUGCCCGGCUCUCCCGUCAGCAAUAACUUCAUGGGAUGUCUCAAAGAGGUGGUGUACAAGAACAAUGAUGUACGGUUGGAGCUGUCUAGACUGGCGAAACAGGGAGACCCAAAGAUGAAGGUGAGCGGAGUGGUGUCCUUUAAGUGCGAGAGUGUAGCCACGCUGGACCCUGUGACCUUUGACACCCCGGAGUCUUUUGUGGCGCUGAGCAAGUGGACGGCAAAGAAGGCGGGAUCAAUCUCGUUUGACUUCAGGACUACAGAGCCCAACGGGUUGAUGCUUUUCAGUCAUGGUAAACCCCGACAGCAACAACGCAAGGACCCAAGAACACCUCCAACACUCAAGGUGGAUUUUUUCGCCAUUGAGAUGCUGGAUGGGCACCUGUACUUGCUGCUGGACAUGGGCUCGGGAACCACUAAGACCAAGGCUAUUGACAGGAAGGUCAACGAUGGGGAAUGGUAUCAUGUGGACUUCCAGAGGGACGGGCGCUCAGGAACCAUCUCAGUGAACAGUGUAAGAACGGCGUACACGGCGCCUGGAGACAGCGAGAUCCUGGACCUGGAUGACACAUUGUACCUCGGGGGGCUACCUGAAGACCGGGCUGGACUCAUCUUCCCAACAGAGGUGUGGACGGCUCUGUUGAACUAUGGCUAUGUGGGCUGCAUCAGAGACCUGUUUGUGGACGGGCAGAGCAAAGACAUCCGGCGUCUGGCUGAGGCUCAGCGGGCGGUGGGAGUGAAGCCUUCGUGCUCCAGAGAGCCUCCCAAACAGUGCCUGUCCAACCCCUGCCAGCACAACGGAAUCUGCAGGGAGGGCUGGAACCGCUACGUGUGUGACUGCUCGGGGACGGGGUACCUGGGACGCUCCUGUGAAAGAGAUGCAACUAUCCUGUCGUACGACGGCAGUAAGUUUAUGAAGGUGCAGUUGCCUGUGGCGAUGCACACCGAGGCGGAGGACGUCUCGCUACGCUUUCGCUCCCAGCGGGCCUAUGGCGUUCUCAUGGCAACCACAUCUCGUAACUCCGCAGACACCCUUCGUCUGGAGCUGGAUGGGGGCCGUGUCCGACUCACUGUCAACUUAGACUGUAUCAGGAUAAACUGUACAGCCAGUAAAGGCCCAGAGACCAUCUUUGCGGGGUCGGGCCUCAAUGAUAAUGAGUGGCACACGGUGAGGGUAGUCCGGCGUGGCAAGAGCCUCAAACUCACUGUGGACGACCUGCAGCCUGUUGAAGGUCAGAUGGCGGGCGACCACACCCAGCUGGAGUUCCACAAUGUGGAGACAGGCAUUGUGACAGAGAAACGCUUCAUGCCGGCCGUACCUUCCAAUUUCAUCGGCCACCUCCAGGGACUGACGCUGAACGGCAUGCCUUACAUUGACCUGUGCAAGAACGGUGACAUAGACUACUGCGAGCUCAAUGCUGUCAUCGGCUAUAAGAGCAUCGUGGCGGACCCCGUCACCUUCCGCUCGCGCUCCAGCUUUGUCACGUUGCCCACGCUGCAGGCCUACUACUCCAUGCAUCUCUUCAUGCAGUUCAAGACGACGUCACCCGACGGCCUGGUUCUCUACAACAGGGGAGACGGGAAUGACUUCAUAGUGGUAGAGCUGGUUAAAGGCUACCUACACUACAUCUCUGACCUUGGCAACGGAGCACAUCUGAUCAAAGGCAACUCUAACAGUCCCCUAAAUGACAACCACUGGCAUAAUGUACACAUAUCCAGGGACACUAACAAUCUGCACACGGUCAAGAUUGACACCAAAGUCACCACACAGACCACCAUGGGAGCUAAGAACCUCGACCUGAAGGGUGAUCUUUACAUCGGGGGAGUCUCCAAAGAGAUGUACCGAGACCUGCCCAAGCUCGUCCACUCCCGAGAAGGCUUUCAAGGUUGCCUGGCAACAGUCGAUCUAAACGGCCGCCUCCCUGACCUUUUGGCUGAUGCCUUGGCAACCAUGGGACAAGUAGAGCGAGGCUGUGAAGGUCCCAGCACGACGUGUCAGGAGGACUCGUGUUCAAAUCAGGGCGUGUGUUUGCAGCAGUGGGAGGGCUUCACCUGUGACUGCAGUAUGACCUCGUACGCUGGGCCACUAUGCAACGACGCUGGCACCACAUACAUCUUCGGCCGUGAUGGAGGGUUGGUGGUUUACACGUGGCCCCCUAAUGAGCGUCCCAGCACCAGAGCAGACAGGCUCGCCCUUGGGUUUAGCACCCAGCAGAAACACGCCAUACUGCUGCGGGUGGACAGUGCAGCUGGUCUCGGAGACUAUCUUCAGCUGCAGAUAGACAAAGGCAACAUUAGAGUAGUGUUUAAUGUCGGCACUGACGACAUUAACAUCGAGGAGAGCGCCAAGUUUGUCAACGACGGGAAGUACCACAUAGUACGGUUCACCCGCAGCGGAGGCAACGCCACCCUCCAACUGGACGACCUGCCCGUCAUAGAGCGUUACCCCUCAGGCAACAUUGAUAACGAGCGCCUGGCCAUCGCCAGACAGCGAAUCCCCUAUCGGCUCGGUCGAGUAGUUGACGAUUGGCUACUCGACAAAGGUCGCCAGCUGACCAUCUUCAACAGCCAGACAACGGUGACCGUGGGUGGGGGAGAGCGAAACACCGGAAUGUUCCAGGGUCAGUUGUCUGGCCUCUAUUACAACGGCCUUCGAAUCCUCAACAUGGCCGCCGAGGGGCACCCGCACAUCAGAGUGGACGGUAGCGCACGGCUGGUCGGCGACAUGCCUUCCUCCUCCAUCACCCCGCAGUCUAGUGCUGCAGCAGGAGGCAACCGCUCUGACUCCGCCCCUUCGAUUAGCGACAUCACAACCACCACAGCCACAAACAGGAAACAGGGCGCCACGCAGCAGUCAGCAGAUGACCUCCUUGUGGCGUCAGCUGAGUGCCCCAGUGAUGAUGAAGACAUUGACCCCUGUGACCCCAGCUCAGCCCGCCCUCCCCUGCCAGAGGUGAAGGUGUUCCCAGGUCCGUCCGAGGUGGUGCGGGAGAGCAGCAGCACCACGGGCAUGGUGGUGGGCAUCGUGGCAGCCGCCGCCCUCUGCAUCCUCAUCCUCCUCUACGCCAUGUACAAGUACCGCAACCGAGACGAGGGCUCCUACCACGUGGACGAGAGUCGCAACUACAUCAGCAACUCGGCAACGCAGCCCAACGGCAGCACCAAGGACAAGCCGCUGGGCAUCGCCAAGAUCUCCAAGAACAAGAAGAACAAAGACAAGGAGUACUACGUCUGAGGCACGAGACACACAGACAUAUACGCCUUUAUAUAUAACGGUAUAUGUACAUAAAUAGAUAUAUUCUCAAAAGAAAUACAAACACACACUGACAUAGACAUGCUGAUGUUAAUGUUUACUCUUCAAUAAUCACACCCGCACACAUGCUGCCAAGCACAAACAUACACACAUUCAAGCACACACACACACACACACACACACACACACACACACUUACAUAAAGCACAUACAGACUGGCCCAAGGGCAUGGACCCUUACUGUACAGUAUUUACCAAUGAAGAGCCUCUGAGAGAAGCUCGUUUUAUGAACAACCACCAUUCCAGAUGAUUUAAAAAAAGAACCAGAUCAACACCCAGUGAAGAAAUAUUUUGGGGCCAGCCAGAUUCAAAGUCCAGUCACUCCCCUGCCACAGUACGACCUCUCCUGUUGGAUUCAGAGAGGUCCGGGAAGCCUUUAAGUGAAGCACACGGCAGACUGAACAAAGAUGAUGUAAAAGCACCAAGAAAAAGCACUAAGUGUCUCUUCCAAGCUUCUCUGUCGGCCUUCCUCCCUGUUAGCAGACGGAGCACCGAGGACGCCCAAGAAACAAGCACACCAACAGUCCAAAUCAAACCCCAGCAGCACCAGGACAGGAAAUCAGGGUGUCGCCACACAUAGAGACGAUGAAUUACGAGUGACAAGGCAGAGGCAGGGUGGGUGCCGUUAAUGUAACGGAUGGGCUGUGGUUGUUUUUACGCUGCAGAGCACCUGUUUUACGACAUCCUAUAAAUCAAAACGGCAGAAUCAGUGGAAGAACUGAGAGAUAUUUUCCUGGACAGGAUACUUGAGACUUCAGAUGCUACCUACAGACACCGGUUGAGCGGUGCCACACACAUUAACAGCACACACACUGAAAUAUCUACACAUGCAGACAUACACAUACCUGCAAUGCUAAAGACCCACCAUAUCUUCAAAAGACUGGAGACUAUACAAGAAGACAAUGGUGAAAAUGACAAAGACCAUUAUGAUAACUGUUAUGGCAAUGAUAAUGAUGAAUAUGAAGAACAUUUUGGGCCGUAAAGACUCUUUUGGGAAGGGGAGGGGGGGGUCUUAUUGCACGUGAAUUAUCUUACUCCGUGUGAUUUAUACCGCGUUAAAAACUCCAGAGGUUAAAACCGUGAUGCACCGCCAUCUUAAAUUCUACCACCUUGGCUUGAGGUAUUCCUAAAUAACACACUUCAAACGGUUUUCAGUGUGUGGGAUCCAACAAUGAUUUAAUCUCAGUUCAAAUCCUCAUUGACAAAGUGUGACCAUCUCGAGUGUGCUGCAUGCCAGAGUCCAAGCUGUGCUGUGAAGUGGCGGCGUGUCCCACACAAUCAAGAGGUGGUAGGUUUGUUUGUGGGAAGAGUAGAAAAAGGAGUAGAAGAAGAAGAAGAAGAAGAAGGGGUAGUUGCGCCCACCACAGGCCACGACCUGUUUUCUAGCCUGAUGUCUAAUAGGCCACGCCCACUAUACCUGCUCUAACCAACCACCUUUUAUAGCAAAAACCAGCCGAGGAAAAGAAAAACAGAUCAAAGUAAAUGUUACCAUGUGUUGCUGAUAGGUAGAAAAUUCCAAAUCAUGAUGCCAUUGGCUAAAUGAGUUGCUUUGAUUUCAUUGGCUCUCCCUGUUCUCUGUUUCUCUUUGCGUCCUUUUGUCUUUACGCUAUUAGUUGGCUGGUUUAUCAGUACUCAUGGCGUAACCGAGGCAGAUGGGUUUCUGAUGGGAUACAUUAUGGACUUCGUCUGAGCCCUGUGCUUCUCCGGAAUUGUAGCUCCGUGAUAUAUCGAUACAAACAGUGCCAUGACACGAACAAGCCCCUUCAGUUCUUCCAACCAGUCAGAUGCAUGCAAAUCGACCAGGGCAAAAAAGGACACGAAGAGGACUUUGUGUAAGAUUUCAAAGUAUAAUGUCAAAAUUAACUUAACAUAUCCCCUUAUUCUCUCCAUCUUUAACUGGCCUUUUGACCUCCUUUUCCUUCCUUCUCUUGUUUUCCUCUUGUUCGGUAUGUUUCCCUCUCUGCCCCCUCCCCCCGGUUCCUCCGUGUCCGUUGCUUUCUUUUCCCUCUCUCUGUUGUGUUGCCAUCUGAAACAAAAGGAGGUGUCUCAACCAAUGGGACUCUACAUCUAGGUGUUCAUUAACCAUGUUUAUUUUCUAUAUGUACAAUUUUUCUACAGUAUUUACUUUUAUUUUUAUUGUUACGGUUCUUUGAUGAACAUAAAGUGGAAAUUUAUUAUGAAAAAUAGUUUUGAAGAUUAACGAGUAAAUAAAAUAUUACCCAAGUGAC